CAAUCCUGGCUAGACUUGUUUGUCUGAACCAGGCUGUGCUCUCUCACUCUCUCUCUCUCUCUCUCUGUGUCUCUCACACACACACUCUCUCACACACACACAUACACUCCCUCUCUCUCCUACAGGAAGGGGAGGGCUCCGUCUGCUUUCAAUCAAUAACCUGUGGACUUGUGGAAUUCCGAAAUACAAGUAGGUCCUGUCUCCGGCCGCCCGCACUGUUCCCUCCACUUCUAGCUCCCAGGACUUUCCAGGACUUUUGGCUUCUCGCUUGUGAACGGACACUCUCUCACGGACAGGUGUUGUCUCACCUUGUUAAUAUUACCUAAGUGAACCAUGGCUGAACCCAUGUCCCCGGACUACUUCAGCUGCCACCUCUGUUCAAGCCUCCUGAGGGACCCUGUGGCCAUACCCUGUGGCCACAGCUUCUGUAUGGACUGCAUCAGUGGUUAUUGGAACGAAGCCGACUACACAGGCAUCUACAUCUGCCCCCAGUGCAGGAUCACCUUCACCCAGAGGCCCGUGCUCCGGCCCAAUGCCACCCUGACCAAAGUGGCCGAGAAGAUCAAGAAGACUGGCCUAAACCUCAACCUGCCCCUUGCGCCCGCCAGCAACGGGAGCUUUGCUGGCCCCUCCGACGUACCGUGCGACUUCUGCAUGGGCAAGAAGCUCAAAGCUGUCAAGUCGUGCCUCAACUGCCUGGCCUCGUACUGCGAGAAGCACCUGAAGCCCCACUAUGAAUCAGCCACCUUCAAGAGGCACAAGCUGGUGGACGAGCUGGGCAACCUGGACAGGAAGAUCUGCCCACAGCAUCAAAAGAGUCUGGAGCUCUUCUGCCGCACUGACCAGAUGUGCAUCUGCGCCAUCUGCACUGUGAGCGAGCACAAGGGACAUGAUAUAGUGUCUGCUGAAGCGGAGAGAGGCGAGAAACAGAAACUUCUCGGAGUGUCCCAAGCUGAAAUCAAGCAAAAAUGCCAGCAGAGGACCAAAGAGCUGGAGGAACUGAAGACCGCUGUGGACUCUUUGAAAAGCUCAGCUCAGAGGGCCAUGGCAGAGAGUAAGAAGAUGUUCGACGAGAUGAUCACCUCCAUUGAGAGGAUGAGGUCGGAAGUCAUCAAGCUGAUUAACAUCAAUGAGAAGGCUGCAUUCAGUCAGGCUGAAGGCCUGAUGGAACGACUGGAGCAGGAGAUUGAGGAGCUCAAGAAGAAGGAGACUGGCCUGAAGCAGCUCUACAGCACUGAGGACCACAUUCACUUCCUACAGAAUUUCAACUAUCUCUGCACCCCAACGGACGAUGGAUUCAUCCCCAAAGUGUCCCUCAACCCGGACUUCUCAUUUAGUGCUGCCAGGAAAGCCGUAGCUGAGAUCAAAGAGAGGCUUGAGGAAAUGGGCAGGGAGGAACUGCUGAAGAUUUCAAAGUCAGUGAAUGAAGUGCCUGUUUAUACACUGGAGAACCGCACUGUCCGAGAGAAGAGCAGCCGAGUCAAAGAGGUCCAUGCUGUGGACAGCGCCCCUCCUUCACAACCCAGGAGCCGGUCUGACUUUCUAAAAUACUUCUGCCAGCUCCGCCUGGAUCCCAGCACGGCCUAUAAAGAGCUCUAUCUGUCCGAGAGCAACAGAAAGGUGACGAGAACCCGCAACCUGCAGCCCUACUCAGACAACUCGGAGCGCUUCGACAGCUUCGCCCAGGUGCUGUGCCGCGAGGCCCUGUCCGGCAGCCGCUUCUACUGGGAGAUCGAGUGGAGCGGAGAGUUCUCGGUGGGCGUGGCCUAUCGGGGCAUUAGCCGCAAGGGCAAAGGCUCCCUCUGCUUGCUGGGGUACAACGAUAAAUCCUGGAGCCUCCUCUGCUCUGACACUGGCUAUUCAGCCUGGCAUAACAGGGUAGACAAAACCAUCAACGCCCCCCACUCUCCCAGGCUAGGGGUCUACCUGGACCACGGCGCAGGGCUGUUGGCCUUCUACAGCAUUGGCGAGACCAUGACGUGUCUGCAUCGCUUCGAGACCACGUUCAGCGAGCCCCUCUAUCCAGGUUUUGGAGUCGGAACAUCAGUUAAGAUCUGCCAGUUGAAAUGAACUUGAAGGAUUUGCGUCUUUUAGAAAGAGUCCGAAAAAUGAAGGACUGAAUAUUUUCAGCAGUGUUUCUGUUUUUUGCUAUUUUUCUACGCCAUAUAUUAUGUUUUGUAUAAUUUUCAGCCAUCAUUGAAGCCAUUACAGUUUUACUUUGUGAAAAAAAAAAUCUUUUUGAAAAAUCAUUUAAUUCACAAAUUGCAGCAGGGCUUCAAAUGGGUAUUAGAGGAAAACCACAGAAUAACCAUAUUUGGUUCCAUAAAGGUAUUAAUGGUUCCAUGGUUUAAAUAAGGCUUUUUAAUUAUAUUAAAAGUGGUUCUUCUAUGGAAUCCCUCAAAAAAACAUUAGAAGUCCCUUUAUGUUUAAGAGUGUAGAGAGAAAACCACUAAGAUGUUACUCAAGCAUUGCCAUGUUAUGCUGUUCUUUGUCUAAUAAUAUUGUUUUAAAUACUAAACCUUGUAUUUAUCCAAACACCAGGUGCCACAUUCAUAUUUGUGUUAUUCAAUGACCUAUUCAGAUUAAAGUUUUUUUUUAUCUUAAAA